GUGGACUCUGUCACACAAAGUAACACUCUGCUAUUGGCUACUUAUAAAUACUUCUCACCUACGUUUUGGAAAGCUUCAUUCUGUAAAAACCCUCGAGAGCUUCACCACUCAAACAAGAUUCGUAGAAAAAUGGGAGACAAGGCGAAAUCGACGAGCAGCGCAGGUGCUUGGCCCACUGUAAAGCCAUUCGCUAAUGGAGGUGCUUCUGGUAUGCUUGCCACCUGCGUUAUUCAGCCCAUUGAUAUGAUCAAGGUACGAAUCCAAUUAGGGCAGGGAUCAGCUGGAGAAGUCACGAGGACUAUGCUUAAGAAUGAGGGAUUUGGUGCAUUUUACAAGGGUUUGUCAGCUGGUCUUCUUAGGCAAGCAACAUACACAACAGCACGACUUGGAUCGUUCAGAGUUUUGACGAACAAGGCUAUUGAGGCGAAUGAUGGAAAGCCCUUACCUCUAUACCAAAAGGCUUUGUGUGGUCUGACUGCCGGAGCAAUUGGGGCAUGUUUUGGUAGUCCAGCAGAUUUAGCUCUAAUCCGUAUGCAAGCUGAUGCUACUUUACCUGUAGCCCAGAGACGUAACUACACAAAUGCGUUUCAUGCACUCUACCGCAUUGUGGCUGAUGAAGGAGUUUUAUCCCUUUGGAAAGGUGCUGGUCCUACAGUAGUGAGGGCAAUGGCAUUGAACAUGGGAAUGCUUGCCUCUUAUGACCAGAGUGUUGAGUUCUUUAAGGACAAUCUCGGCAUGGGGGAGGCUGCUACAGUUGUAGGAGCCAGCAGUGUUUCGGGAUUCUUUGCUGCUGCUUGCAGUUUACCAUUUGAUUAUGUCAAAACCCAGAUUCAGAAAAUGCAGCCAGAUGCUCAAGGGAAAUAUCCCUACACCGGUUCAUUCGAUUGUGCCAUGAAAACUUUGAAAUCAGGAGGCCCCUUCAAAUUCUACACUGGAUUUCCAGUAUAUUGUGUUAGGAUUGCGCCUCAUGUCAUGAUGACGUGGAUAUUCCUUAACCAAAUCCAGAAGGUGGAGAAGAAAAUAGGAUUGUAACUUGCUGAAGACUACACAUUCAUGCGUCAAGUUGAGAUCUAUUAGAAUAACACGGCCUUGUAUUUAGUUCUGCCUUUUCUUUUCUUGUCUAAAUUUAGAAUUCUUUGCUUUUGUAAUUUCUCACCUUAACUGAAAAGGGGUGCCUCAAGAUUUUUUCAUUGACAUGAAUUUUACAACAGGGAUUUGGAGUUGACAGUACUCCUUCCAAUUUCUCUUUAAGAGGAUUGCUCAUAA